CAAGUGCGUAGCGUUUUGCAACACAUUUGCAUAUUGCCUUAGCUUCGUUUCUUUAUCUUCUUCACUUAUAAGUUACAUUUUUCUAGUAAAAUGUCUUUCAUGAUUGCUACAAUGCUUCUCCUUGGGGUAUUAAUGGCUACCCUAGACCUAACAGGUGCCCAAACAGGGGUUUGCUAUGGAAUGAACGGCGGCGGAUUACCAUCUCAACAAGAUGUUGUAGCUCUUUACAACCAAAAAGGCAUCCGAAGAAUGCGACUCUAUGACCCAAACCAAGCUGCUCUCCAAGCCCUUAGAGGCUCCAACAUCGAGCUCAUGCUCGGUGUUCCAAACACUGAUCUCCGGAGACUAGCUUCUAACCAAGCCGAAGCAAAUACAUGGGUCCAAAACAAUGUCAAAAACUAUGGCAAUGUCAAAUUCAGGUACAUCGCGGUUGGGAAUGAAGUCGAUCCAUCAAAUCCCAACACAGCGCCAUUUCUUCUCCCCGCCAUGCGAAACGUGCGCACCGCUAUUGUUGCAGCUGGCCUUGGGAACCAAAUCAAAGUUUCCACUGCCAUCCUCACUGGAUUACUUGGAAAUUCCUUUCCUCCAUCAAAAGGCUCUUUUAAGCCUGAAAUUCGAUCGUUUCUUGACCCAAUCAUUGGUUUCUUGAAGAACAAUGGUGCCCCAUUGCUCCUUAACUUGUACCCGUAUUUCAGUUAUGCAGGCAACACCAAAGACAUUCGUCUUGAUUACGCUCUAUUCACAGCUCCCUCGGUUGUGGUGACGGAUGGCUCACUUGGGUACAGAAAUCUGUUUGAUGCUAUGUUGGAUGCUGUUUACUCGGCGCUUGAGAAUGCGGGUGGUGGCUCUUUGGAGAUUGUUGUGUCUGAGAGUGGAUGGCCUACAGCUGGUGGAACUGCUACAUCAAUUGAUAAUGCAAGGACCUACAAUAACAAUUUGAUUCAGCAUGUGAAAGGAGGGACCCCAAAAAAGCCGGGAAGGCCCAUUGAAACAUACAUUUUUGCUAUGUUUAAUGAGGAUCAAAAGAAUCCGGAACUUGAGAAACACUGGGGACUCUUUCUACCAAACAAACAGCCUAAAUACCCAAUCAACUUCAAUUAAGAACACCAAGUGAAGUUUAUAAAGGAAAUAAGGGCACUGAACGUCAAUAUUUAUCACUAUCUUAAAUAAGGUUUGCUUGUAAUUCAUUCCACUAGCAAAACAUUAUGUUUGUAUCGAGAAGAAUGCCCUUAUGAAGGCCAACAAUCUUAAUAAAACUGUUUUUUUCGUAGAAUCAUAUUCCUUUGCA